UCUGGGUAGAAGAAGAAGAAGAACAAGAACAAGAAGAAGGAGAAGAAGAAAGAUCUAUAAACGAUCAUCAUGUCGAAAGGUCUACCUUACUCGAUGAAAGAUGUCGAUUACGACAACGCGAAGUUUCGACCUCGCUCAUUUUUCAGGGUGAUAAGCCAAACCUUAUUCACAAGAAGCGUCAAACGUGAAUGUUUAAGCUGUAGUACAGGGAAGUUUUUAAUAUUGUUGUUGAUAGGUGGUAUAGCAUAUUUAACAUUGACACAUACAAGUCCUACUCAUUCUGCUUCUGGUGGAUUAGGGGAAGGCAUUACAGACAAAAAACAUAAGAUUAUCACAGAUGGUGCUAAUAAAAUUCGGACAUUUUGGAGAAGAGCACCUAGGCUUCCUCCACGAUUGUCUCCUGAUGAGGAAGGCAGCAACAAUAGUUCUACUGUCAGUUUGGAGAAGCAAAAUUCUUUGUCAAAAUGGACAUCUAGGCAACAAAAUGUUAAAAAUGCAUUUAUCCAUGCAUGGUCUGGCUAUAAAAACUAUGCAAUGGGCUAUGAUGAGCUUAUGCCUCUAAGUAAGAGGGGAAUUGAUGGUUUAGGAGGCCUGGGUGCUACUGUUGUGGAUUCACUUGAUACAGCCAUGAUAAUGGGUAUAGAUGAAAUUGUUUCGGAAGCAGGUUCAUGGAUUGAAAAAAAUCUUGCACAACGAGUUAGUGAGAAAGGUCAAGUAAAUUUAUUUGAAACUACCAUACGUGUUUUGGGUGGUCUUCUUAGUGCUUAUCAUCUAAGUGGGGGAGAGCAUGGGAUGGACUCGAGAACAAUCAAAGGGCCUAAUCCAGUUGUUUACCUAGAUGCAGCAAAGGACUUGGCUGAUCGUCUGUUGGUUGCUUUUACUUCAAGUCCAACUUCUGUUCCUUUUAGCGAUGUUAUUCUUCGAGAUCGCUCAGCACAUCCAGCUCCUGAUGGAUUGAGUAGUACAUCUGAAGUUUCUUCUCUCCAGCUUGAGUUUAACUACCUCAGUAUCAUUUCAGGUGAUCCAAAAUAUGGUCUGGAAGCCAUGAAAGUCUUGGAACAUCUGAAGACUCUUCCUAAGAUAGAAGGACUGGUACCCAUCUACAUUAGUCCUCGCUCUGGUGAGUUCAGUGGAGAAAAUAUUCGGUUGGGAUCUCGUGGUGACAGCUACUAUGAGUACUUACUAAAAGUUUGGCUUCAGCAAGGAACAAAUCGUGAUGGUAAUCUGAAGUACUUACAUGAUAUGUAUGAGGAAGCAAUGAAGGGAGUUAGGAACCUUCUGGUUCGGAAAUCUAUCCCAAAAGGAUUGGUUUUCGUAGGGGAACUUCCUUACGGAUCUAAAGGCGCAUUUAGUCCUAAAAUGGAUCACCUGGUUUGUUUCCUCCCAGGAAAUCUGGCGCUUGGUGCUACUAAAGGGAUUACAAAGAGAAAGGCUAUGGAAGAAAAUUUGCUUACUUUUGAAGACUUGGAAAAUUUGAAGCUUGCUGAAGAUCUGGCAAAAACUUGCUUUGAGAUGUAUUCAGUGACCUCUACGGGCCUUGCUCCAGAAAUUGCUUACUUCCGUAUAGAGGGAGAUACUGAAGGAGGCCUUGAUGGUGGAAACAAGAGUUCUGAAUAUGUGAAUGAUAUAAUAAUUAAACCAGCUGAUCGCCACAAUCUUUUGCGGCCAGAAACUGUUGAAUCAUUGCUAGUUUUGUAUCGUGUUACAGAAGAUCCAAAAUACCGCGAGUGGGGUUGGCAGAUAUUUGAGGCAUUUGAAAAAUAUACGAAGAUUGAUUCUGGGGGUUAUAGUUCUCUAGAUGAUGUCACCCAUCUUCCCCCUCAAAGAAGGGACAAGAUGGAGACCUUCUUCUUGGGCGAGACAUUGAAAUAUUUAUACUUGCUGUUUGGGGACAGCAGCAUGAUUCCAUUAGAUAGGUUUGUUUUUAAUACAGAAGCUCACCCUCUUCCCAUUAUCAGCCUAGUGAAAACGGAAUGAUUCAUCUAUUACAGCCCUUACAAAAGCAUGUGGCUGAAUGCAAGUGGAGCAAACUAAAUCUGGUCCUUUGAUAUCAUUGAAGCAUCCUAAUAUGCCUUUUCUGUUACAAUCUGGCAUGCAAGGAAUGGCAUUGGCAUUGUUGUUGAGGAUGUGAAGUGGCAUUGCAGUGACAGCAGUGACAGCAGUGACAGCAGUGGCAGAAGCUCAUGGCUUCUCUAUUGUUACUUCUCCUUUUCCAGUGCAUAAUUGAUUUGUUGUGUCCUAUGUAUCAAACUUGGAUACUUGAAGACAAAAAUAGCUCCAUGCCCCCUUUUUCAUUCAUGACAAUAGUGGAAGAUGUAUUCUCUUCAAUUUUUUUUUCCUUUUCUGAGUUAUUUUCUAUUGAUGGAUUUUUCCCUUUCCAUAUGAGAGUUAAGUGGACCCAAAUGUAAUAUUAAAUAUUCUAGUAUGAUUCCUGGCUUUGGAUGAUGAGCUUCA